GGCGGAGAUGGAGGGGCCUGGACCUCUUGUCCCCAGCCUCAGGGCUCUUCCUUCCACAGCCCUGCCUGACAGCAACUCUGUCCACACCCAGUCUCCCCACGGACUUCCCCAGAGUUAACAGUCUCCUGGCCUCACGCUUGGCAGGCAGCUCCAGCCCAAAGAGGCUGCGCCCACAUUCCCUGGCUGCUCUCCAGCCCGCAGAAGCGGAGACAACAAGGUCCAGCAACUGUGAGGGCUGAGCAGAGGCUGCUGAAGGGGAGGAAGCAGCAAGGAGCUGCCGAGGGGAAGGACUGUCCAGCUCCCAGAUGCUAGGCCUCGUGGGCUUGGUCAUAGGCACUGCUGUGGCCGUUCUGCUGCUGCUGCUGGUGGCCGCCUGCCUGUGCCGGAGACGCCAGGACCACGAUGUGGAGACGAACAGGCCUGCAGUGAGGAGAAACCGAGUCCGGUGGGCCCAGCCUUGGUUCUUCCCGCGCCGGGGCCACCUGGGACACCUUCACUAUUUCCGUCAUCCUGGCCACAUGUCUCACACGCACCAUGUGGGCCACCAGCACCACCUCCACCAUCACCAAGCCCACCAGCAAGCCCACCGCCACGCCCACCACCACGCCCACCGUGGCCGCCGCUAACACCCGUGAAGGGCGGCGACUGCCUGCCCUGCAGUCACCAGGACUCGUGGACCCCCCGUGCUCCCGUGCAGAGGGGCGUCCCUGUGGUAAAAGCCGGGUACUGUGCCUGGGUCCUGCUGGACUUCUGCAAACGACGCCCCAGGCUACGAUGAGGAGAGAACCGAGGGCCACUGGGGGUGGCCCUGCACUCACUGGAGGGUGACGGGGUGAGAGCAGGGGGUCCUUUGGGGAUGGACACCGCCUCGUGACUGUAACUCCCAGGGGACACCGGUGCAGGUGGACACACCGAAGACGUGCCGCGAUCUCUGAAGUGCUGUCUUCCGACUACUGUGCGCAGGCCGCUGGCCUGGGGCUAGCUGGGAGGGGCUGGCACCGCCCUUGUAUUUGGAGAAGGCAGUAUGAGGCCGCAAGGGCAAUUCGCUUGUGCUUGAUGCAAGAAAAUAAUAACCACCGAGAAGC